AUGACAUCCCAGAGACAAUGUCGUCGUCCAGCCAACCGCAAAGGACGUCGCUCUGCUGAAUAUCGCAAGUUUGAGAGUCCACAUCUUCUUACUCCUCGAUUGACAUGUCACAGUUCUUUGUCAAGCUCACGUUCAUUGAUUAUGAUACCGAUAACUCCGUUAAGUUUGCAGGAAUCAGAUGAAUAUGAACGUAAGUAUAGUGGAAAAUGUAACGAAGAGACCAGUAUGACGACCACUGGUGUAGCUAUUGAGACAGUUGUGAACAAAUUGGAAGAAGAAGAAGAAGUGUCUGAGAAUACCAUUGGAUCAGCUAUUGCAUUGUCUUUACCCAGUGCAAUGGCUUUGUCUUCAUCAUCUAAUGGAGAAAUAAGAUCGACAAUGACAACGACGGCUCUUGUCCAACGAGGUUAUGAGCUGCAAUGUGAGACAAAAAUCAAGAUGGAUUCUAUUGAAAGAGAUCAGGACAAGAUGACGGUUGGUAUGAAGGAGCCACUGCGUCGUAGUAGACGCAAACGCCGCACGGUGGACCUGGUGAGUUUGCCGGCGAAGUUAUCGAGCCGUAAAUCUUUGCAAAAGCGGAGAAACAUUGAACUAAAACUACCUGCGGUACGAAAAUCUAGUACUGCAGUGUCAAUGGUCGCUGAUGCACCUGUUGAGCCUGUGGUGAAGGAGCAAAAACACAAGCAGGUUGCUGCCAAACGGGUGAAGAGUGCCAGCAAGGACACAAAGACGUCCAACGGCAUGUUAUCUCCUGUUCAGGAUGAAGCGAAAAAGACGCCGAAAAAGAAACGGAGUAGUAAAGCACGCCGCUCAUUGGAACCUGCGUAUACUUUUGAGUUGCAGACCGAGUACGUCUCGAAGCUUAUUAAAGAGCUGUAUGAAGAGCAGGAGAAGGAUGAUCGAGAGAUGUACAAUAUCACAAGAGAUACGGUUGUGACCGAGACAAGCUCGUGCAUAUGGUCUCAGGAGAUUGAGGAUCUGAAUAUGGAGGAGUUUCGACGCUUGAUGACGUACGGUGAAGUAUCGGUCGAGUCAGUAGCCACCACGAUUCUACCUUUGCUGAAUCUAGAAGAAGACGAUGUGUUCUUUGACCUUGGGUGCGGUACAGGCAAAAUCUUGGUGCAAGUCGCUCUGCAGACGCCGUGCAAACGGGCAACAGGCAUUGAGCUCAUGCAAAAUCGCGUCUUGGAAGGACACAAGGCACUGAAACGGCUUCAUGACCGUGACAUCGCUAUACUGCGUGACAAGCAAAUUGAGAUCUUUCGUGGUGAUAUCUUUGUUCCUCCUGAACAAGCUCGCCUGAUGGAUGCCACAGUGGUUUUCAUUAACAACGUAAUGUUUGGUCCUGCUCUCAUGUUAAAGGUAAUGGAGCUUCUAAAAGAUAUGUCUAAACUACGGUGUGUGAUAACACUUCGAAAAAUUUGUGAACGUCAUGGAGACAUUCAGUGCACGCGUGCUGGCAACUUUUGCAUCGAGUACGUCCACCCGCCUGUUGAGGCAGAGAUCGAUGUGUCCUGGGCUCACAAGACAUCGGUGUAUCUUUACAAAAGUAUCGACUACAAGCUGUGCGAGUUAAGGCGUGAGCUGGCUAACAAUGCCCAUCAUUUAACAGCAUGGCAAAAAGAAGCAGAUGACGCAACAUAA